AUGGCCAGUUUGGAUCGGUUCGAGAGCACAUAUUCAAGUGAUGGAAAGCUGAUCACCCACAAGAAAAUGUACAUGCUCUGCAGCUCCAUGGCAAGUGCUAUUGAGGGUUUCGUGGGUUUAGAGCAUGCAUAUGUGAAGCAGAAGCAAAAGAGGGUAGCGAAGCGGCCAAGUCUGGAAGUUUCAGAUGACAAAAGUCAGAUGAAGCAAGCAUAUGUCAUGCUUGCUCCCACCCAUGACAUCACACCCACGUUUACUGCUACAAUUACAACAACAACACGACACGCAACUCAAUCACUACUCGCCACUUUCCUCGGAGUCUCCGCCACUGUCAGAGGAUUCACUCUCUUCUUCAUCUAUAACUUCAGCCACUACCUCAUCCAUAUCCAACACGACAUCUUCUUCGCUCAACCUUACAAGAGUAGCUUCUGGAAUUCCAUCAGUGAGUUCAUCAAGAAUUCUUUCAAUCUCGUUUGGUUCCUCAGAACCUUCCUCAGGCUCUCUUUCAAUGCUCUCAUCCACCAACAUGCCUUUGCCGACAUCUCCAACUGGCGUCGCUGCUGGAUUUUCAAGGGGUGGACUCGGACACUGGACGGCUUUGUUGUAUUUGUGUUCCUCAAGACCUCAAUUGUGGGUGCAAGUGUAUCCAGCCAAUCCCAUGAUGCAUUCGAGCCAUGGGCCUUGUAUGCUGUCUGGAUUCUCCAUAUGCUCCUGUAUGAGGUCUAUUUCGACGAAACUAUCAGUGUGGCCAGUAGUAUUCAGCAACCAGUUUCUCAAGACGAUAUCGCAUAUCCCUUUAGGCCAGAUUUUCGAGAGAUGCUCAAGGCCCAUGUCUUCAGAACGAGCACAACCCUUCCCGAAUCACCAGCUUUCACAGCAUCAGUAAAUUCCUGGGAAAUUAGGGCAUCGCACAUUAAGAGAAUCACAUUUUCGAACACCAUAUCUCCUUCCCCUGCUCGGCUUCGCAAUUCUUGUACCCGUGAUGAGUUUGUGAACUGCUUGAAAAUCAUUGUUGCGCUAUUGCAUCUUGACACAAGAAGUCUUCCAAAAUGCAUCAAGAGGGUACCUAGAGCAUCUGCGAUCUUGGCAUGA